CAGUGGCAGACCUACGGAGGAGACCCUUCGAUGGGUCGUCCAAGCCACCUGAACAACAGCAACCCGGAAUCAUAUGCCCCCCGGCUGAACACCAAAUACGGCGGACAACAACAUGUCCCGCAAGUUCAUCCUCCCGCGGGAUACACCUACGAGAGCUACCAGUCGCCAAUUACUGCCGCGAAGGCGACCGCUCUGGGAUCAAACUCGAAGCCAGUCUCGCUGGCCUCUUCUCCAGCCGCAACACCGCAUGCGCGCGACAUCAUGGCCGAUGCCGAUACGCCCAUGGAGGAUGCUGAUCCCUACAACCGCUCCAAAUACUCUGCCCGGCUGACUCACAAUACUCGUCCGUCGUCGCAAUAUAUGCCGACCGAGGAGUCUUCUGCUGCGCGACGGUACUCGCCCAUGAAUAUACUGUCGCCCACUUUGCCGUAUGCCUCAAGCCCAACAAAGGGCCAAAAUCCCUUUGUCGCUUCGCCUCCCGGUCCGGGCAGCUCUCGGCAGUCGCCCACGAGAGCGUAUGCGUCUCCUCCCCAAACAUAUCAAUCACCCCCAGGUGCUCGCAUGUCCCGGCUUCCUCCGUUGCAGUCAUCAGACCCGGGUUCAGAGCUCUAUUUUCCUACCUCCGCUUCAUCUCAGCUGAGCGCUCCCUUUUCGGCUGAGCCCAAGUCGCCGCGCCCUACACAACAGACCAACCAUAAUAAGCUGCCCGAACGGGGCCCUAUCCCGAAAUUCACGAACAUUCAAUCCAUUCAGGAUCUUCGACCGAAAGCACCUGGGCAACCGGCUUACCGCAGAGCAAACCCCGAAGGAGGUUUCAUCAGCCCAUUGCAAGCUUUGACAAACCACCUACCGGCCACAUACCGGAUAUGCAAUCCCGGUUUCAAAUACGAGACGUCGCGCAAUCCUCGUCGUGUACUUACCAAGCCCAGCAAAGGUGUCAAGAACGAUGGUUAUGACAAUGAGGACAGCGACUAUAUUCUAUACGUCAAUGAUAUCCUAGGCAGUGAAGAAGGAAAUCACAAAAAUCGUUAUCUAAUUCUCGAUGUUUUGGGUCAAGGAACCUUUGGUCAAGUAGUUAAAUGCCAAAACCUCAAAUCUGGGGAGGUUGUUGCCGUCAAAGUUGUGAAAAACAAGACCGCCUAUUUCAACCAAAGUAUGAUGGAAGUUUCUGUGCUCGACCUGCUCAAUACGAAAUAUGACAAGAACGAUGACCACCAUCUUCUUCGAUUAAAAGAUACUUUCCUUCAUCGGCAACAUCUAUGUUUAGUGUUCGAGUUACUCAGCGUGAACUUGUAUGAACUCAUCAAGCAGAAUCAGUUCCGAGGAUUAAGCACGACUCUAGUCCGAGUCUUUGCGCAGCAAUUACUCAAUGGUCUCAGUCUCUUAAACAAGGCUCGGCUUAUACACUGUGAUUUGAAGCCUGAAAAUAUUUUACUCAAGAACUUGGAAAGUCCUAUCAUCAAAAUCAUCGAUUUUGGCUCUGCUUGUGACGAACGUCAGACCGUGUAUACCUACAUUCAAUCACGAUUCUACCGUUCUCCUGAGGUCUUGCUUGGCCUUCCGUAUUCAUCUGCGAUCGACAUGUGGUCUCUUGGGUGUAUAGUGGUCGAGCUAUUCCUCGGUCUACCGCUAUUCCCAGGGUCGUCUGAAUACAACCAGGUGGCACGAAUUACAGAGAUGCUAGGUAUGCCGCCUACGUGGAUGCUUGACAUGGGCAAACAGUCGGGCGAAUUCUUUGAGAAGACCCAAGACGAGUUCGGCAGGAAAUCCUGGCGCUUAAAGAGUAUGGAACAAUACUCUCGCGAGCACAACACCAAGGAGCAGCCCAGCAAGAAAUAUUUCCAAGCGAAUACCCUGGAGGAAAUCAUUCGCGGUUACGCAAUGCCAAGAAAGAAUAUGAAGCAGUCAGAAAUAGAAAGAGAGGUCAAUAACCGCGUUGCCUUUAUCGACUUUGUACGCGGUUUGUUGCAAAUCAAUCCUCUUGAGCGAUGGUCCCCACAACAGGCAAAGCUACAUCCGUUCAUCACUCAGCAAAAGUUCACUGGACCAUUUGUCCCUCCCAUGAACUUGAAGUACUCGGCACUCAACAAAAAUAUUGCACCUGGCAUACAGCAGCAACAACAGGCAGAAGCUGCUAGUAAACAGCGGGCCGCACAGGCAGCUCAGGCAGCCCAGGCACAAGCCCAAUCUGCUGCUCAAUCUGCGUAUGCGAUGCAAAUGGGACAAUACCACCCCCCAGCUCAUAACCAAGCUCCGCCAGUUUACAAUGGCAUGUACCCCGGUCAUCAGCAGCAAGGCGCGCCGCCACCCUAUCCAGCACAGCCUUCCGGAUACGGCCAUCAAAUGCCUAUGGUUCAAGGCCAGAUGCAUCAGCCUCCGUACGGGGCUGGGCAAAGCCUCUAUGCUCAGGCAACUACCAGAGCAGGCCGACAACGAGCAACCACUCUGGAUCCACAACAAGGUGGAGUUCCGCCCACAAUCCAGCGGGUUGCCAGUCAUCUCGAUCCAAAUGCUCCGAUCAGGUUACAACCAAGCCCUGCCUAUUAUCCUCCGCCUCCAGAUGGAUAUAGCGAGUCUGCCGCGAGUGCGAGACGCCGUGGCAGUCGCGCUGGAGCUGGUCAUCGAAACCGUGAUUUCAUUCGCACUUUGGAAGAUGGCGCCCUCGGCGAUGGUUUUCAGGGACAAAAUCAGUGGCAUUAG